AUGUCGCUUGUAAGUCCAACGGCGGUACUUUAUAGCGCCUGUCGGGUGUGUGGGGAUCAGAGUUCGGGGAAACACUAUGGAGUAUCCUGCUGUGACGGCUGCUCCUGCUUUUUCAAGCGAAGUGUCCGCAAAGGCACUGGGUAUGCCUGCAUAGCCGUCAAGGGGAACUGCAUUGUCGAUAAGGCCAGAAGGAAUUGGUGCCCUUACUGCCGCUUCCGGCGUUGCCUGGCCGUGGGAAUGAAUACGGCUGCCGUUCAGGAGGAGCGUGGACCGCGGAAUCUACAGCCCGCCGCCAGUGGCAGCAAUGGACGCGUGCAGGCGCUGGUCACGCCCACAGCCUUGCAUCCUACUGCCGGCCACACCUUGCCCUUUCAGAUACUCGCCCAGAUCCUGGUCGCCUGUCUGCGUCAAGCCAAGUGCAAUGAGCAGUUUCGGCUGCUAGAAAGAGCCCAGCAGGACGCCAUUCUGCAUGUGGUGUGGAGCGAGUGCUUUGUGCUGCGCGCCUCCCACUGGUCCCUGGACAUCAAGUCCUUGAUCGAGUCCUGUGGAGAUGUGCAGCUGAAGCGUCUGAUAGCCGAGGCGCAAGAAUUGCGAGCAGAUGUUCUUGAAUUAAACUUUCUCGAGACGCUCAUACUGUGCCGCAAAGAGCUUGCACUGAGCCCGGAAUACGCGAUGGUGCUGGAGGCAGCCGGAAAUGGAGCUUUGGCCUCGCUGGCUCGUUAUACGCUGCAGCAAUCGAAUUGGUUGCGUUUCGGGCAACUGCUUUUGGGUUUGCGACAGCUGUGUCUGCGUCGCUUUGAUUGUGUGCUUUCCUAUAUGUUUCGCACGGUGGUUAGAGAUAUUUUAAAAACGCUAUAA